AUAUUUUCUGUGGUCAAUCACCGGUUAGAAAAUUGCCAUCAUGUCAACUAAAAUCGUAUUAAUAUCCGCAUUGCUGUUGCUAAUAUCUUCCACUGCCGUCCAGGCCCAAGUAUGCAGUUGUGUAUGCAUCACAAUAUGCUGCACGCCCGAGCAGCUUUCAACCCUCUCCUGUCCCCAAGCGCAGCAGCAGCAGACGGGACUGACUGUCCAAACUCACCCUCCUAAAAAUAAUGCUGAGGCUUACCUCGAAUACAUACAGGCACAAAAUAUUUUAAAUCAGUACUUACAUCAACAGCAGUUGCGGCAAUACCAAAAGCUUCAGGAACAAAAAUUCCUCUGGCAACAGCAACAAUUGCUAAAUCAGCAACAAUCGGUAAACCAGCAACAAUCGGUAAACCAGCAACAACCUCAGAUUAUCAUCACGGAUAUACCAACGACCAAUAUUGCACAGACUACGUGGGCAGUUGAUGUUUCUAAGAAAUAUUUAUUGGCUCUAAUAUUGUCAGUUUGCGACGAAACUACAGAAAUCGAUUCCACCGAGAGUACAACACCAAAUCCGUGUCUCCCAGCAGAACCUCCAGCCUCAAGAAGUGCCCCUGAUAAUCAAUUGUGUGAUUAUUCAAAACGACCCCUUAAAAUUUGUACUUUGGUUAAAAAGCAACUUCAAGAUUUUAUAAAGAGUUCUUUGACUUCUAAUACUGCCCAUACUAACGAUUUGAUUUUAAAGAGUAAAUUUUUACAGGCUUUGAUACCAUGGUAA